AUGGACUCAUCUUCUUAUAUAGAAGAUCUUAAUCGGGGCUGUCGUUUAGGAGACGUUCCGCUUCUAAAAGACGUUUUUCAACGAUUCCCUCAAUUUCUCAACCAAAAGGACAUGAAACUCGGCUGAGCGCCUUUAUAUCGCACAGUUAUAUGUGGCCAUGAAGCUGCCUCUAAAUUGCUUUUAGAUCUCGGGGCCGACCCCAAUGUCAAAACCAAUAUCGGCGAAACCGCCCUGCACCAAGCUUCCGCCAAUAGUCAAUACAAAAUUGCCAAAAUGCUCUUAUCUUACCAAGCAGACCCAAAUUCCCAGCAAAAUGAUGGUGACACGCCUCUUCAUCUGGCCGCUUUUAAAGGCGAUAUUAAGAUGGUAAAGCUUCUUUUAAAGUUCAACAGCGACCCAAAUAUAUCUAACAACGUCUUUGGUAGGACUCCUUUACACUACGCUAUCGAUUAUGAUCACAAAGAGGUUGCAAUGCUCCUUAUGAAAAGUUCAGCGUCCACUACAAUUAAAGACAUGAGCGACAAAACUCCUUUGGACUUGUCUAAAGGAAUGGACUUUUCAGAAUACGUCUGUGAGAUGGGGCUUGAUGAAGAAAAUUUUACUUUAAGCGAGGACAUAAAGGACGAAAAUCCUGAAAACUGGAUGGUAAGAUAUGAGCUUGAAAAAAAAUUCCAGACCAAAUCAGAAAGGCCGACCACGUCGACUGAACUGAAUUUUGUAGCGAAAUUGGUGCCAGAAUUGAAGCUGGAUUCAGUAAAUAAGGGUUUGAAUGAAAAUAGUCACUCAAGAGGGGUAAGCACUUUAUUUGAGCCAGAUGCAGAGAAAUCGGAAUAUGAUAUGACUCCGAAUAGGAAGCUGAGGACUGCUUCAUUUGGAGGUGCUGAUAGAAGGCAGGAACUUUAUUUGUGAAUGGUUAAUUAUAAAGUAGAAGAAGUUUUUGAUAUUUUGGUGUCUGCUGGAUAUGAUGAUAUAGGGCAAAUGAGUUCAGCUGUGACGUCCUCAAUGCCGAUUACUGAGGCUAUUUUAGCAAAUAUUGGGAUUAAGAAAUCAGGGUGGAGAAGAAGGUUUUUAGCUUCUCUAGACGAAGAAUGCAGACUGGGAGGUAAAUCUACACGUCGCCGCAUAAAGCAGCAAGAUCCUAGCAUUUGGAAAUGCUGUGUGGCCCCUGCGCAGCCUAGUCAAGGAAUGAUAAAUGUGCCAUGCUUAAAGAGUUGGCUUGAAAAUUUAAACUUAGUCGAAUAUUUUCAUGCUUUUGUGGAGGCUGGAUAUGAUGAUAUGGACCAUAACCUUGCACUUAUGAACACAAGAUGGCCUAUAACUGAAGAAAUCCUUAUGAAAGAAGUGUCGAUGCACAAGCCUGGACAUAGGCAUAGAAUUCUUUCUAGGCUAACAGAAGAUUCAGCUGGGAUGGAAACAAUGAAAAGACCUUCAGGUGGGGUGUCAAGCCGUGGCAGAAAAGAUGAGAUGAUUUUUGAAAAAAACGAGGAAAAUGGAUUUUGCAAACUAAUGUAA